AUGCUCGCCACUCACUGGCUACCAGCUGCCCGGCUGAACAUCAACCAAGCGCGAAAAUUCUCCCUCCUUUCCACCCAUGCUUCAUUCCCCGCGACCAUGUAUAGAUACCAGCUAAAUCGCAAGGCCACACUAUAUGAUGUGACCCAGGACGAGACCCGCCACAGGAAGGAUGCAGUCAGCGUGUCUAAGGAUGGGUUGGUUCACGCGACUAUCGCGAAGUCAAGCCCCUACUCCAAUGGGCCGGUCUUCAUGCCGAACUCUCGUCUUAUGCAGCAAAUGCUACGCUUUGAUUUUGAGCGGUACCAGGAAGAAGUCACCGACGGGAAAUGUCGUUUGGACCCCACUGUUAUCUGCGUCCCACGAGGUACUCCCAUCCCGUCCGCGCUGGUACUAUGGAGAGAAGGCGCGUCUCGCUUUUCACUGCAACCUUCAAGCCCGAUGGAAAUUGAAAAGCUGAACGAGGUGCUUAGCGAGUUCUAUGAGAAGUCUGCGACAGUUGUCGGUGCAGAGGAAUGGAUUGAGAAACAUCCAUACCGGGAGAGUAUUGCCGACGAGAACGAGAAAGAAUGGAUGGAGGUGUAA